UAACCAUGUGAGUACAGCUUGCCCGCGAGGCACAUUCAGAGACCGAAAAAUCGAAGGAAGGAAAUCGGCAUCCGCUCGGCAAUAAUAUCCCAUGACCCAUAACAAAAGCAAUGGUAGUAAUUAUUUGUUUGGUCCUCCUGUCCAUCUGCUCCGAGUUGAGGCUCUUUGCCUGGGCUCAGCAGCCGCCCAAACUGACUCCGCUAACGCUUCCUAAAGACCUCGUAGUCGGCACCGAAGUCCGACUGACCUGCACUGUAGCUGUAGGCGACACUCCUUUAGAAAUCUUGUGGUUCCGUAAUGACAAGCGAGUCGUGUUUUCCGCAACCCUUUCUGAGCAGACGGGGACGUAUUCGUCUACGCUGACUUUCAAACCGUUAAACGAGGAACACGCCGGAAGAUAUACAUGCGUGGCGAGCAAUGCAGCGGGCAAGGACAAUGCGUCGGUGGAUGUUGUCGUGAAUGUUGCGCCCGAGUGGGUAGACAAACCGGCAGAUCUGAAGAUACCCGAGGGCGGCGUUGCGCUAAUUCACUGCCAAGCGAAAGGAUCGCCCGUGCCACGAGUGAGCUGGUCGCACGACAAUGGUGACAGAGUUUUCACGCUGGGAACCAUUCCAGGAGGUGGUUACGACAAAUACAGGGUGUAUAGUAAUGGCACCCUCAUCGUGCGGGAUGUACAGAAAUCCGACUCUGGCAUGUACACCUGCGAUGUCAGUAACGGUAUAGGGAUAGGAUUGAAGAAGGCUGUGGCAGUCACUGUGUAUACAGUGGCACGGGCACAAGUAUUGACGCAGCACAUCAGUGCAGAAUCUGGCCAUACAGUGAACCUUACUUGCAUAGCGACCGGCGAUCACCCCGUCACAGUUGUCUGGAUGAAAGGAGACAAAACGAUAACCUCAAACGGUCAGCUUUAUGAUCGGGUCCUUGUGUCGAGUGAUGUGCAAAAAGAGAGACUGGUGUCGUCUCUGGUCAUGAAACACGUCGCAGUUGGAGACGCAGGCCACUAUGUUUGUGUGGUUCAUAAUGAAUAUGGGGAGGAUCGGAAAUCAAUUCGUCUUAAUGUUCUGCAGCCACCGUCGAAUCCUACAGAUGUGGAAGUGUCGGAUGUGUGGAGUCGUAGUGCCAGGAUCCGUUGGAAGAGUCCUCUUGGGUCUCCAGUCUUGUCGUACCAAGUGCGCUUUUGGUCGCACAGAGAUGACAAAGCAGUGAACCAAAGCAUCCAGGGUGGUGUCACUACAGCUCUCAUCCGAGAUCUUCACCCUGCCACCGAGUAUAGACUAACCAUCGUUGCAAUCAACUCGGCCGGUUCCAGUGAGCCCUCUCCCACAGUUCGUUUCGCAACGACGCAGGAGGAGCCCCACAGUCCCCCCGUGAAUGUCCGCAUUGAAAAGUCGGGCGCCACGUUUGUGCUCGUUACUUGGAGCCCUCCUCCAGAGAGCGAUUGGAAUGGAGAGCUUCUUGGCUAUUACGUCGGCUACACUAGUGCAUCAGAUUCUUCCAAGAAACAUUUUUACUCCUUCCACACUGUGGCGGCUAACUCCCGUAGCUUUACGUUACGAGGCCUCGCAAAGGACACGUCGUAUGCAAUAGUGGUGAAAGCGUUCAAUAUAGUGGGGAGCAGUCCUCCAUCGGCACCCCUGACAGUGACGACUUUGGAUGGGGACUUUCCCCCUGCGCCCCUGCUGAGCGUGUCAGCGGUAGAUGCAGGUUCUCUCCGACUCAGUUGGAUGUUCAGUGCACCAGUAACUCAGCGUGUUACGGGCUACACUCUUCACUACCGUCAGCUAGACGACUCCUGGAAGGAGGUGUUUGUGGCUUCGGCGAAGCAAACCUCCUACCUGCUCUCUGGCCUGGAUCCUUCACAGCCAUGCCAGGUCUACCUUGUGGCCCACAGCCGUUUGGGCAGCAGCGAGCCAAGCGACAUCCUCAACAUCCCGCUCUCGGGACCACAAGCUCCGACCUCCAGCCCUCCUGAUGAUUCGCGGGCCUCCUCCAACUCGGAGUUGCGAGCAAUCCUGUACACGGUGGUGCCGAUAGUCACGGCCACUGCCUUGGUUGUGGUCUUGGUGGUGGCGAUCUGCUUCUGCCUCUAUGUCCGUAAGACUCGUCUUCCACCGCCUCCUGUGUACGCUGACUUUCCGAGAGAUGCAGACUUUACGUUUGCGAGUCACGAAGUUGCACUGCAUGACAAGGGACUGGCUACCCCUUGUUCAACCAUGCCGAGGUCCACAGACAAUGAGGGAAUCUACGAGUCGAUUGUAGACAUGCGGACUUUGUCCCUCAGGCGCAAGCAGGCCAGCCAGAACUCUCUAAAAAAGGGUUCCAUGGACUUGGUUGAUGUGUGUGUCGUGUGAUGAGUGUCGGCCUUGAUCUAAUGUCUGAGUACAAGAUGAUUGCUGGCAAAAUUUGACUGUUGCACUUGAGAUGGAGACUUUGUGAAGGAUUUGUAUUCUUAUUCAGCAAGAGGGAGCAUUUUUUACACCAGUUUAUCGAGCUCAUAAUUGUAGCAUCACAAAGGCACUGGAUACGGAGCGUUAACCUGUUCAGACUUUUGUCGAACAGAUGUUACCGACCGAGAUUGCAGCAGGUAGAGAACACUCUGGGCCAAGUUCAUGCUGUCUAGCAACAGUUUCUUGCAGUUUUCCUUAACAAUUGAGAAGUUCAGUCCAGUGGCCAAGACCUGUUCGAAUCAUGCUCGUUCUUAGGUUCUCAGAUGAUGUAAAUGUCUCAUUAGCUUCUGAAUGCAUCUCUAAUAGUCCAGACCAGUGCCUGCUCUAAGCAAUUUUGUAGCUUCACUACAUGAAAGCUUUUUUUUUAUUAUUAUUAUUAUUAUUAUGAUUAUUAUGAUCAUGUUUGAAGGAGAUUUUUUUUUACCUGUCUACUUCGAUUUUAAUGGAGUGCUGUGAUCCUGUCUUGCACAUUGCUCAGAACACAGCUGUUAAUACAUUCUUUUAAAUGUCAAACCUUUUUAGACACUAGAUUUGCUUACUCUGCUUGUGAAUUCAAGAUUUACACUAGUACACUUUGUGCAAGUCUGUUGUAAAACUGCCAGAUUUUACACAUUGGUGUGAAUAAGGAACAAGGUCUUUUCAUAAAAACUUGUAGAACACUGUUGUGCUUACCCAGAGGCAUUAUAGAAUCUCGCUUGUUUGUGUGUCAAGUUGUAGACACUAAAAUAUGCUUCACUGAUGUAGCUGUUGCACAUUUGGAUGUGUUCAUUAAGGAAGAACAAACAGGACGACCAUCUUCAGACAGCUUUUACUUCGACAGCAUAGCACUCGUGUUUAAUUGGGACAUUUCCGUGAUUAUUUUGUAUUAAUGACCCCUAAACUUCAACACAGAGAAACUGAAAAACUUGUGCCUCAUCAUUCUGAAAUUCUGGCUAUGGUCUGAAGAUAAGUUAGUCAGAUUUGUAAUGUCCUGCUGCAUCAGUUGCUCUUGGCAUUUUUGCUUGAGGAGGAUGUUAACUGUAUAGUAAUUGUGUGCUUUCCUUCAGUGCAGAAAGGGUUCUAAAAUUAUCCUUUUGGCAUUUCAAAGUUGAUAUUUGAAAUUUUCUAAACCUGCUGUCUCCACUGAAUAUAAGCAAUGAGGAUCAUACUGCACAGAGGAACAAAUAUUUUUUAAAGGCCAGGCAUUUAAAGGGGUUAGGACUCGAAAAAUCAAACAGGUGGAUUUUUAAAAUGGAAUGCUCGUAGGCUACUUAGUAUAUACACCAAGGUUCAUGAUUAUUAGAGCUAUAGUAAUUGCAAUAUUCAGUUUACUAAUGUAGAUAAUUUUCACCUGGUAACCAAGCGACACUGCCCAAUUUAGUCACCAUGGUGCCCAUAAACCGCGUAACCAUGAUGCUUAGUUGAACGCUCUCUCACUUUAGGCGUCCCCAAGCUCGCCACGGUACGAUCACACCCUCGCUCUACACUCGCUCUCGCCCCCUUGCCCUUUGACCUUCCAUCCUGCAUGCACAUGUGAGAUCGUCGUGGAUGACGGCGAGGUCAUCUGUGGCAAUCUUAUCGUCCUCACUGAAGCUGGUCGCCAGCAGGUCAAAGUCAAGAUGACCAACUUCCAACAUCCCCUGAUAACAAUCGCCCUCAUCGCUGCUGCGAUCAGUGUUGAAGACUGACGAAGCGAGCGAUGCUGUAGACGUUAUUGUAUCGAAAGGCAAAAGGUAAACGAGGAAGAUGAAGCGUGUGACGCCGAGAUAUCCAAGUCUGCAAUUGCAUGCAAUUGGACGCCGCAUUUUGGGCGAGUGACGUCGCCGACCCACCAAACAUGGCGGCCUUUCCGAAUGGGGUGGGCCCGAGGGUCCCGUGAACAAAUCAAUUUAUCCAUGAAACUGUCGCGCCAUUUAUGAAAUAAAUUUAGCAAAAUAUAUAGAAACAUACAAUGGAUCCUAGCAGUAUAGUUAUCUCAUUCUUUUAUUUUUGGCAUGUCCUGACCCCUUUAAAUCUGGAUGACCGGUGUGCAGAUUUAUGUUUUUUGUAUUGUCUUCCAUAGAUUCUUUAAAUGAUUGUAGUUAUAUGAAAAGCAGUAGAGUGUCUCUUUAUGAACUUACAAACAUAAAAGAUGCAGACCACUGUAUGAUGUGGCUCAAACAUGGUCUGUGUUGUAGCAAAGCUGGAUUGUGACUGGUGAAGGAGAUACCUGCUAUUUUGAGAGCUAUACAUAUUUCAUGUAUAUGGCUUGCUAAACAUUACCACUUUUCACUCAAAACCAAGUGUGCCAGAGCAUUAAGGGAUCACUGUCCUUGUGUGUACCUGUGAUGUUCAGUGUUGUGGAAUAUAAUGUAUGUAUACAUUGAUCCAAAAUGCCCAAUUCCCAUGGCUUUGGAAGACUAAAUGUUUGUGUAACUUUAUAGUCCCUAAGGAAUCCAGGUACCAGCUAUGCUAUGCAAAUUUAAUUUUUCAAUGCUGUGUUGCUCAUAAUCUGGUGUCUUCUGACAAGGUAUGUAGCAAUUAACAUACCGCAAAAUUGGCACCUAAAUUUUAUGCCUGCCUCGGUGAUAGUAAUGGUGUUUCUGAGUGCCCAAUUCCAGAUGAUGACAGUCCUUUUCAAUUUUCAGUUAAAAAUGUAAUGCAUGCAUUGGAGAUUUUACUGUAGUUUGUGAAAUUAUAUACUUUUAGGGUUGAAUGAAGCAACCUCUAUAUGGAGAACCAUUGCAGGGAUGUGAUGAUGUUUAUGAUAACAUUUUCUAGUGGCUUAUACAAAUGUUCUGUUCUUAGUACUUGCUUAUAUUUUUAUGUUUUUACAAGCAGUGUUUUCACUGCUAUGCUUUGCUUCAGAGUAUUUCACCAUGAUAUUACUUUUCGUUUGGAUGCAAAUGAAUGAACUUUGUACCAUGGUUCUGUGGGAAGAUAAACUGAUGGUCUCUUGCCAGGUCUUUGGUAAUGACAUUUCUCAUCAUUACCUUUUUGUUGCACCUUGAGUUCUAGUCGCCAUUAAUAGAUUUUUGCAAUUGCGUUGUUAGAACCUUUCUGUUGUUAUUGGUGGAGUUGAAGGCCCAGAAAUUUGCCGAGUAAGAACCCAUAGUCUUUGUUGAGUGGGUGAACUUGGUUUUUCUUUGCAUUGAUUCCUACAAAGCAUUUGAUACAAAGUGCCUCGAGUAGUUUUUAAAAUAUUUCAUAUUCCGCUAUCUAAGAAGAGUUGGAGGGAAAAAUGUUCGCAAACCCUCUGAUCUGGUGUUAAUAUAGUGUGUGUUUUAAUCAUGCAUUUACAUUCUUUGAUCUUUCCACCCAUUGGUUGCAAUCCGACCGUUCACCAUUUCUCUGCAUAUUUCACUUCCAUGUCAUGGCCCGUUUUGGUUCUCCUGAGUCGUAUAACUGCUUGAUUAGCAACUCAAGUAAUUCUAUUGUUUGCUAGGUUCUGCCCCAUUUGACCCCUUCUGAGGUCACGUUGUAUGAAUGAAGCACAUUGCUAUUUUAAUAUUUAAUUAUCUCAAUUUGUUGGCAUUACAGUAGUCAUCUCUAGAAAGCUGCCAGUGUUGAAUAUGUGUGGUUUGUCUGUGGUAUACUGUAGUACAUGUGUUGGUAUAUUGUCCAACAUCUUGGCCUGAAUGCUCAUUUGUGGGACCGAACCUUCAAGACUAUUAAGAGCUGGAUUGUGUGUGUGAUAUUCGACCCUUCAAUGCCGAGUCACGUGUGAAAAAUCCUUGGAAGCACUGAUAUUCUCUCGCAUUGCAUUUUUGUGUUCUUUGUACACGAUACCCUCAGGAUGCUGGGUUAUUUAGCCACUGAAGAAUUGUUCUGCUUACAUAUGUGCACGGAAUAUAUUAAGAGUGGUUCACAGUUGUAUAAUUUUAUGUCCAGAAGUAAAAAUAUGCAUUUCGACUUC